UUUCACCCCUCCAGGAAAGGACUGCGCCGGGAAGCAGAAGUUGUCGGCAGUGCACGGAGUUCGUGGUCCGCGAUUUGUGUUUAUUGAUCCAUCGGCGACUGGUUCACUCGGAAUUUGGAGGAUUUUUCACUGAAUUAAUAUGUCUGUGUCCUCGGAUACCCAGUCGGUCUCCCAGUCCCCAAGUCCUAGUCCUGGCACCCCUACUGGGAUAACACAUGCACCAAAGUAUGGGACUGUGAUACCAAACAGGAUAUUUGUGGGAGGGAUAGCACCAAAUACAACAGAGCAAGAGUUGAGGCACUAUUUCUCUGCAUUUGGUGCUGUCAAAGACACCAAGAUUAUAGCUGACAGGGCAGGUGUAAGUAAAGGGUAUGGCUUUGUAACUUUUGAAACACAGGAAGAUGCUGAAAAAAUUAUCAAAACUGAGCAAAGUGACAAUCUGGUUUUUAAAGACAGGAAAUUGAACAUUGGCCCUGCCAUUAGAAAACAGCAGGCUUUUCCCAGGCUUUAUGAGAGCACAAUCCCCCAGGCAGGGACAAUCAUGUUUCAGAAUGGCAUACCAUUUACCUACCAAAAUGGAAUGGCAGUCUUCCCCACGACAGAAGGAGCUGCUGUCCCUGCUCAGCCACAGCAGUAUCUGAUGACCCACCAGCCCCAGCUGUACCAGCCUGGUCAUCUCCAGUAUUACCAGCCACCUGUGAGUGCACAACACCAGUGGACCACAGCCGCGGCACCCUGGAGAUGGGCACCACAAGCCAGUCCUGGCACAGCUAGCCCCUAUGGUCUGUACCCUACAGCACAGCUUCAGCAACUCCAGGGUCUGCAGGCCCCAGGAGAGCUGAUGUACGCCCAGCCACCACAGUACCAGCCAGCUGAUGUCACCGAGGCCGCCAUGAUGGAAGCUGCCCCUGCUGAGUAUUCUACAUAUGGAACCUCCUAUCCACCGUACCAUGUAUGCCACUGAUGCCCAGGCUCCAGCUUAUUACAAGACCCCAGUAGCUGUCACAACAACAACUCCAGUACGUCA